GUGUGGAUGGGAUCCCGCCGCCGGCCCAGAAUGCUUUGCUGUACGAGACGGUGACGGUGGUGGAAGGGAAGCCGAUCCUGAGAGACAUGGUGUUCAGUCCGGACCACCAGUACAUCUACCUGCUGAGUGACAGACAGGUGAGCAGACUUCCGGUGGAGAGCUGUGAGCAGUACAGCAGCUGUUCAGACUGUCUGGGAUCAGGAGACCCUCACUGCGGCUGGUGUGUCCUCUUCAACAAGUGCUCCAGACAGGAAGCAUGUGACAAGUGGGAGGAGCCUCAGCACUUCAACACCCGCCUGGACCAGUGUGUCGACAUCACUGUUACCCCUAGCAACAUGUCUGUCACCUCCCCGGCAACACAGUUAACUAUUCGAGUGCAGAACGUGCCGGCGCUGUCGGGGGGCGUGUCCUGUGUGUUCGAGAACCUGAGUGAAACCCCCGGAGAGGUCGCGGCUAAAGGUCAGGUGAUGUGUAUGUCACCGUCGCUCCGAGACCUGCCGACACACACGCACGCCUACGGAGAGAAGCGAGACGUCCUGCUCAGUCUGCGCUCCACAGAGACGGGACACCAGUUCAUCUCCACCAACUUCAUCUACUACAACUGCUCUGUGCUCAACUCGUGCACUUCCUGUGUCAGCAGCGUGUUUCCGUGUCAUUGGUGUAAAUAUCGUCACGUCUGCACCAACAACCUGCAGGACUGCUCCUUCCAGGAGGGACGAGUCAGCAGCAUGGAGGGCUGUCCUCAGAUCCUGCCCACCUCCGACAUCCUGGUCCCGGCCGGGAUGGUUCGUCCGAUAACGUUGCGAGCUCGUAACCUCCCUCAGCCGCAGUCGGGUCAGAAGAACUACGAGUGUGUGUUCAACAUCCAGGGCAAAGUUCAACGCAUCCCCGCCGUCCGCUUCAACUCCUCCUGCAUCCAGUGUCAGAACACCUCGUAUUGGUAUGAAGGGGAUGAGGCCGGUGAUCUCCCAGUGGAUUUCUCUAUUGUCUGGGAUGGAGAUUUCUUCAUCGACAAACCUAUGUCUAUGAAAGCGUUGCUGUAUAAGUGCGAGGCUCAGCGCUCCAGCUGCGGUCAGUGUCUCAAAGCUCCGCCUACCUUUGAAUGCGGUUGGUGCACAGAAACCAGGAAGUGCCUCCUGCGGCAGCACUGCCCCUCACCUGAACAGAACUGGAUGCACCACGGACGACACAACCUGCGCUGCAGCCACCCGCGCAUCACCAAGAUCGAUCCUCUGACGGGACCUCGGGAGGGGGGGACGCGGGUGACGAUCGAGGGGGAGAACCUGGGUCUGCAGGUGAAGGAGAUCGCUCAUGUUCAGGUGGCCGGAGUCCGCUGUAACCCCGUCCCGUCGCAGUACAUCAGCGCCGAGAGGAUUGUGUGUGACAUGGCCGAAGCUCUCCUCCCUCAUUCUCCCGGUGGACCCGUUGAGCUCUGCAUCGGCGUCUGCAGCGCCGAGUAUCGAACCCUCUCCACGCAGACCUACUCCUUCGUGAGCCCCAGUUUCAGUCGCGUUCGUCCAGAGAAGGGGCCUGUUUCCGGGGGAACCAGACUGACGGUGACGGGUCGACACCUGGACGCCGGCAGCAGCGUCACCGUCUACAUCGACAAGGACGAGUGUCUGUUUGUCAAACGGACCAAUAGGGAAAUAAUCUGCAUAACUCCCGCCUCCCUGUCCGGCGCUGGCCCCGCCCCCAUCCGGCUGAUGAUUGACAGGGCCGAGGUGACGAGCUCGGAGACCAAAUACAUCUACACCGAGGACCCGACCAUCAGCAGCAUCGAACCGAACUGGACCAUCCUCAAUGGCAGUACAGUGAUCACGGUAACGGGAACCAACCUGCUGACCAUCCAGGAGCCCAAAGUCCGAGCCAAGUACGGAGGAGUGGAGACCAACAAUUUCUGCACCGUCGUCAACGACAGCACCAUGACCUGUUUGGCUCCAGGUCUGAUGUACAGUAAACCCAACCCACCAGAGGGGGCGCUGCGCCCCGACGAGUUCGGCUUCAUCUUCGACCAGGUCUCCUCCCUGCUGGUCCUGAACUCCACCCCCUUCACUCACUACCCCAACCCGACCUUUGACCCCCUGGGCAACUCAGGGAUCCUGGAGGUCAAACCGGGGUCACCCAUCAUCCUCAAGGGUAAGAACCUGAUCCCGCCCGCCCCUGGCAACAACCGCCUGAACUACACGGUUCUGAUCGGAGAGUCUCCGUGCCUGUUGACCGUGUCAGAGAACCAGCUGCUCUGUGAUUCGCCAGAUCUCACCGGAGAGCAGCGAGUGCUGAUCCUGGUCGGCGGUCUGGAGUACUCCCCGGGUACGCUCCAUAUCUACUCCGACAGCGCCCUGACGCUGCCCGCCAUCAUCGGUAUCGGUGCGGGUGGCGGCGUGCUGCUCAUCGCCAUCAUCGCCGUGCUGAUCGCCUACAAGAGGAAGACACGCGACGCCGACCGGACGCUGAAACGCCUCCAGCUGCAGAUGGACAACCUGGAGAGCCGGGUGGCGCUAGAGUGCAAAGAGGCGUUCGCAGAGCUGCAGACAGACAUCCAGGAACUGACCAACGACAUGGACGGAGUGAAGAUUCCCUUCCUGGAGUAUCGAACGUACACCAUGAGAGUCAUGUUCCCUGGAAUAGAAGAACACCCCGUCCUCAAAGAGCUGGAUUCUCCUGCUAACGUAGAGAAAGCUUUGCGUCUGUUCAGUCAGCUGCUGAACAACAAAAUGUUCCUGCUGACCUUCAUCCACACGCUGGAGGCUCAGAGGUCGUUUUCCAUGAGAGACCGAGGGAACGUCGCCUCGCUGCUGAUGGCCGCUCUGCAGGGUCGUAUGGAAUAUGCUACUGUGGUGCUCAAACAGCUGCUGGCUGAUCUGAUCGAGAAGAACCUGGAGAACAGGAACCAUCCCAAACUGCUGCUGAGGAGGACGGAGUCUGUAGCUGAGAAGAUGCUGACGAACUGGUUCACCUUCCUGCUGCAUCGUUUCCUCAAGGAGUGUGCAGGCGAGCCGCUCUUCAUGCUGUAUUGUGCCAUAAAGCAGCAGAUGGAGAAAGGGCCGAUCGACGCCAUCACCGGCGAGGCUCGCUACUCUCUGAGUGAAGACAAACUCAUCAGACAGCAGAUCGACUACAAACAGCUGACGCUGAUGUGCAUCCCUCCGGAGGGCGAGGCGGGGACGGAGGUGCCGGUGAAGGUGUUGAACUGUGACACGGUGACUCAGGUCAAAGACAAACUGCUGGACGCCGUUUACAAAGGGAUCCCGUUCUCCCAGAGACCUCAGGCCGACGACAUGGACCUCGAGUGGCGUCAGGGUCGACUGACCAGGAUCAUCCUGCAGGACGAAGACGUGACCACCAAGAUAGAGAGCGACUGGAAGAGACUGAACACGCUGGCGCACUACCAGGUAACAGACGGCUCUUUGGUGGCGCUGGUCCAGAAGCAGGUUUCUGCCUACAACAUCGCCAACUCCUUCACCUUCACCAGAUCGCUGAGCAGAUACGAGUCGUUACUUCGAACGUCCAGCAGUCCUGACAGCCUGAGAUCCAGAGCUCCAAUGAUCACACCCGACCAGGAGACAGGAACUAAACUGUGGCACCUGGUGAAGAAUCACGAGCACAGCGACCAGAGAGAAGGAGACAGAGGCAGCAAGAUGGUUUCUGAAAUCUACCUGACGAGACUGCUGGCUACCAAGGGAACGCUGCAGAAGUUUGUGGACGACCUGUUUGAGACGGUGUUUAGCACCGCCCACCGUGGCUCCGCACUCCCAUUGGCUAUCAAAUACAUGUUUGACUUCCUGGAUGAGCAGGCCGACAAAAGGCAGAUCAGCGACCCGGACGUCCGACACACCUGGAAGAGCAACUGCCUCCCUCUCAGGUUCUGGGUUAACGUCAUAAAGAAUCCUCAGUUUGUGUUCGACAUCCACAAGAGCAGCAUCACUGACGCCUGUCUGUCGGUCGUCGCUCAGACCUUCAUGGACUCCUGCUCGACGUCCGAACACCGGCUCGGAAAAGACUCUCCGUCCAACAAGCUGCUCUAUGCUAAAGACAUCCCCAACUACAAGAGCUGGGUGGAGAGGUACUACAGGGAUAUUGCAAAGAUGCCCAGCAUCAGUGAUCAGGACAUGGACGCCUACCUGGUGGAACAGUCCCGUCUCCAUGGCAACGAGUUUAACACACUGAGUGCACUCAGUGAGCUCUACUUCUAUAUCAACAAGUACAAGGAAGAGAUCCUCACGGCGUUGGACCGGGACGGGUACUGUCGCAAACACAAACUGAGGCACAAACUGGAGCAAGCCAUCAACCUGAUGUCUGGAAGCAGCUGAGAGGAGGAGCAGAACGGAUGGACUGAUGGACUGAUAGAUGGAUGGGGGGGAUGGGAAGAAGAAUGGGGGAGGGGGAAGUGAGGGCAUUUUGUUUUUCUGAACUGUUGAACAGUCAGCCGAACUGCUCCGUGUUGGACCGAACUGACAGCCACAGCUCCGGCCCUUUAGCAAUCAAUCUAUCAGUCAUUUAUUUGUCAAUUGAUUGAUUGAUUGACUUGAAGACUGACUAACCGGCUGGCUGGGACCCCAACUACCUCCGUUUGGUGGGUUUUGGGGCAGAAAAUCAGUUUCCAAACCGAUUUGGAUACAUUUACAACGUGACUUCAAACUGGAAAGGAGUCAUUUUGGGGCAAAAAACAAACCUUCUCGAUGCAUCUGUCGGUUUGGAUUUGGAUUUAAAUUCACUAAGCAGGGAUCAAAACGAGGGGGACAUGGCUGUGGAAAGAUCUGGAAACUAGGCUUUGUGUUAGAAGACUGAGUCAGGUUUCACCAAACAAUAGAUGUUGCGUGAGGACUAAUCAACCUGACCUCAGGAUUCUCAGCCUGGUUUGGAUCUUACUAGACGCUAGGUUGAAGAGCUAAAGGUCAAGUCAAGUGUUUGUCAAAGCGACAGACUUCACCUGGAAAUGCUUCUUCUGGUCUAAAGGAUCAAGAACUUUAGCUGAUGAUCAGGUGGUCACGUUAAAAUCACAACCAGAUGUGACCUUACCUUAAAAGCCUCAUUUUAGUCUGGAUGAAUCUGGGCUUAAUAUCAAAAGGUCACGUCAAGGCUUAGGGAAGAAGUUUGAAGCCUCUUCAAUGAUGUCGUCACUUUGGACUGUUUGUCCUCCUCUUGAAAUUUUUUGCCUUGUCUGGAAGGGUGCGGAUUCACCAUCGGAAGUUCAGGUCAAGAUUUAAAGAAGGAAGCGUCAAAGUCCUCGUUUGGAAUAUCUGACCCAAACUUGAACUUGUUUGCAAAUGAUUCAGAAGGUUUAAAGCUUUAACGAAGGAGAAGGAAGCAAAUAAACUGAUGCCCAAAUAAACGGACAACUUAAUUUGACCUUGAAAUCAGUCCUCAGUCUGGAAAGAUGUUGAAUUCAUCCUCGGAAGAAAGGAAGGAAGGAAAAAAAGAAGUGAUUCUUUGAGACAAUUUGACUUGACCUUGGACUGUUCAGCUAAGCCUCGUCUUGAUCUAGAAGUUUCUAAGUUGCUGUUGAAAUAACCACUCGAUGUUUUUCUCUGGACAAUCACUCUCUACCACAGCACACUGAGCCCGAUGCCUACCGACCGACCAGUACCUGUGUCCAUGAACCUGUCCUCUCGUCCCUCCAUCCUCUUUUCCUUUCCUUCCAUCCUCAACUCAUCAGAAUUUCACCUCCUACGUCUUUACCCGUUCCUUCAUUUCAUCUCCUCCUCUAUCCUCCCCUUUCCCUUCAAUCCUCCCUUAUUUCCUCUUAAGCCCCAUUUUUUUUCUCCCCUUCCCCCUCCACCCUGCUCUGUCAUUGGUCAGUCAUGCUGGCCGCUGGCCCUCCUAUUGGCCAGGAAGACUCUUUAGUAAUGUACUGCCCGACCAAUCAAGACUGUGGAAUUCGCCAGAAUUGUGAAUAAUUAAGUAGAAAUUAAUAGAAACGAAUACAGAAUUACGUUUUGAAUACAUUCCAGCACAGGCACACAGACAAGGUCUGUAAAUAAGCAGGUUGACUGGCAAUUUGUUGCGGAAGUUUAAGGAACUUCUGAAAGUGGACUGACCGGCAUUUUUCAGGACCAGACAAACCCGGAAUCGGGUUCUGGAUUCAGCACCAGUCGGUAAACUCUGGUUGGUGCAGAUGGCUUUAUCGUCGGACCUUGCACAUACACCCACAUACAGCCAUGCUUUACAGCGCCAUGCUAACCGUGCCCAGGGGAAAAUACUGUGCAGAGCUACAAGCCCAGUGCCAUGUAAAGACCGGACCGGAUCACGUCAGAACUGGACCGGCCUUGGACCAAACCCGGAUCAAAAACAACCCGGAAUGGAUUUUAACCGGACCGGACUCAAGAACUCUUAAGACUUGUGGCCAUAAUUGUAAACAACAAAAAAAGAAAGAUAAUAAUAAUAAUGAUGAUAAAGUAUAAAAGUUAAAAAAGAAUACAAAAAGAAAGUAAAAAAAAGAAAUAUUGAAAUGUUAACAUGUAAUAAGAACUUUGUGGAUUUGACAGUAUGGAUUUUAAGGAGCUGAACUUGUAUAAAGCUGAACGUUAUGCUACAUCAGAGUCUGGAGAAAGAGAGGGAGCCAGGAACCGGAGUGACGGUUCAGACUGAGACUAAACCAACACCAUCCUCACACCGUCACACCAGACCGGACUGAACUGGAUCGAACCGGAUUUAACCGGACUGAAUGAGUCUGUUCUGGUUCAAACCUGAACGAGCUGAAUGUCAGCUCUGUAUGUCGAGGAGGGAGGAAAAACAAACGGGAUGUUGAAGAGAAGAGGACUGAAGUGUGUUGGAGGAGGUUUGGGGGGUGUUUUGGGGGGAUUAGUUGUUGCAUGUCUAGCUAUGGAUGGAGCUUUGUUUUUAUGAGCUUUUGUUGUGCUCUCGCUCCAUCUUAAAGAUGAAUGAGUGUGCUUUCACUCUGCCAGUUCAGUCUGAAUCCUGCAGCUAACAACUGGGUGCACAUUUCUAAUACUGAACCACCUGGAUGGUCCAACCUGCCGACAUCUGUACCUGAGUUCAGACCAACUGUAAGUCAAGUCAAGACGCUGAGCUGGUGUGAAAACGCUCUAAUUCUCUAUAUAAAUGAUGGCUAAAUGCAGGACUUGUUAACAUGGCAACGCUGCACACCUCACUCCCCCACACACCUUUAUUCUGUGGUAGAACAUUUUCACUUUUCACAACUGCACAUAUAUAUAUAUAAAAUACGUUUAUGUGUAACAUUGUCGAAAUUUGAUCUUUUGAAAACAGUUUCUGCUGAUCACGUUAGCACGAUUGGUCGCCAUAAGUGGGAUCGACUGCGCAAUGAUAACAUUACUAAACUGUGAUCGAUUAUCUGUCUGCAGGUUGAAUUUCAUCCAGAUAAAGUGAAACCAAUGGCUGCCUGUAAGGAAGGAAAUCUUAAAACUGAUGGAUGAUUUUUACGUUCGGCAGAAAUAUUUCAUUGGGGAUCACAUGGUAGAAAAAAAAUAAUGGAUGUGAAAAAUCUGUGCACAAGUUGGCAAACCGUGCAAGAUUGAAGUUAUUCAGGUAAACGGCAAUAACAGAAUAAACACGUGUCCAAACCUGAUUGUUUGAGUUAUCACAGACUGCAGUGUCACUAUAUUGUUAACACAGAAACUCUAAAACUAAUUUCAAGGCAGCAGCAGUUUAAAAAUUAGAAUCUGUUGGAAACUUAAUCUUUAAAACGUUAGUUUAACAAUCAGUGGGCACGAUUUGCUAAUUAGUACGUCCAGAUUUACAUAUCUGCUAUCAUAUGACGUCAGUGGAAAAUAGAAACUAAAAGACACUUUGAGAUCUUUGAGGUGAUGGAGAAAGAAAGGUGUGUCGUCUGAAAAUGUUCUACCACAGCUGAAGCGUCUCUCUGCUGGCUCUCUGCAAUGCCAUAAAGCUACAAAGCACCUUUUUUUCUUUCUUGCUGUUGUUUCACUGUCGUUUAAAUCUUUGGGGCCAAAAGGACCCGAGUGAGGAGGAAGAGGAGGAGGAGGAGGAGGGAGAGAGGGUCCUGAUAUAAGACUGCCUUUUAGAUGAUUAAUUAUAGAACAGGGAGGGAAGCCACUACCAUACCAAUACCACUGUUCAUCCAGCCUGCGUGUGUGUGUGUGUGUGUGUGUGUGUGUGUGUGUGUGUGUGUGUGUGUGUGUGUGUGUGUGUGUGUGUGUGUGUGUGUGUUUUCCUGCUGCUGCAGUGGAAACUCAACCGUUAAAUCACUGAUCGUAUCUGCAGCUCAAUUAAAAAUCUUUUUCUUUAACAGUCGCUCCGUUUAAAAUCGCACGAUCGGUAUCUUCAAUCGACGCGUUUGAAAUCUCGGAUCGGAUCUCGUUUUUAGAAAAAAAAAAUUAAAAAUCUCAGAUCGCUUUUUAAACUCGAAGUCGACAGACGUGAUAAAUCGAGGAAAAAAUUCAGCGCGUCGUCUUUAAUUGUGUUCCUUGUCGCCAUUUUGAUUGGGAUUUACCUUUUUUUGUCGGAGUGAUGAAAUGGGAGUUUAGAGGAGUUCCUGUCAGCAUGCAGAGGAGGAGGAGGAAGAGGAGGAGGAAGAGGAGGUGAUUGUUUCUGCAUGCAAAGAGGAGGAGCAAUGAGCGGAUGCUGAGGGGAGACUGUAAAGGAGGGAAUCGCCUCUGCAUGCUGAAAAAUGAGGAGAAAUGACUGUUGGAUUGUGAGAGAGAGGAGGAUGUAGAGGAGGUUCUCUCGUACAGAAAAGGUGAAGAAGAGUAAAACCUGGUGUUCUUCAAAUACAGAGCAGAGAAAAAAAAAAUGUUAGAAAAGAACACAGGAGGGAGCAGGAUGAAAAGAGGAGGUCAGAUUCUCUUUUUGCAUGCUAAAGUGUGAGGAAGAAGGGAGAGGAGGAGGAGGAAGGAGACGCUGUUAGAAUACUGAGAGCAGGAGUGGAAGAGGAGAGAGGGAGAAUACUGAUCAGGGAGAAAGAGACGGAGGCAACGUCAUUCAUCAAACCGGCCGAGGAAGGAAAGGUCUCUGAGACGAGGAGAAAACCGCGAGUACAGAACGAAACCGAACGUUUCACUCAGCGUCUCGUAAUAUUCAUUACAGGAAGGAAAUGUUCUCAUACAGUGGAGAAGAAGUAACAGAAGAGCAUCAGACUUCCAUCAAAAAAAUACCGACACACUCGUAACGUUGUUCCCAGUUCGUCUCUAAUCGGUUUUAAUCAGUAGACGCUACAGAAGAAGAUCCAGCUUCAUCAAGAGCUGAAAGCUGACAUCAACAGACGGCACGAGUCUUACAAAAGCAUAAAACAUCCUGAAACGUUUACCUGAAAGUACGUCUGAAUGAUAACAUCAGGAGCAAAGACGAGGACGGAUUCAGUCAAUAAAGUUUAGUUUCUCCGUCUCAAACCAAAAUGAAUCGUUGGUUUCAUUUAAUUUCAACCAACAUCUUUCUCGUAGUUUAUUUAACCAAUUAGUUUUUGUGCCUAAACUGAACUUUAACCAUAGAAGAAAACACUCAGAAUGGUCGUUCUGGACAGCAGAGACGUACCUGACGACUCUUUUUGUCUUUUAGUUUGAAGGAUCAUCAGGCUCUGAUAAAAGUAUUGUUUCGGUAUCAGAACUGAAGCUCAAGUAUUAUAUUGGUUCUGGUAUAGAAACAUCGCUGCAGUAUUCUUUUUUAAUACAUUUUUAAACUUUCUCCCUGUAAUGGAUUUUUUUUUAAAUUUCAUGAGCGAGUGAAACGUUGGGUUUUCUCAUCAUCUCAGACUAAUAGAGACCUUGGGUGCACUGAGAAAGAAAAAGAGGGAAGAAGGAGGACAAAAUAGACGGAGGCGGAGAGGAAAAAGAAAAUUGAAACCUUAAUAAUACAGUUUAUAUUCGGCCGGGACAAAUCGACGUCUGGAUGGUUUUCCACUGUGGUAGCGAGCUGUGUGUGUGUGUGUGUGUGUUUGUGUGUGUGUGUGUGUGUGUUUGUGUGUGUGUGUGUGUGUGUGUGUGUG